UCCUGCAUUCCCACUCUCCCUCCCUCCCUCCCUCUCUCUCUCCUCCGAAUUCCGCCGGAAAAUUUCCUCGUCUCCCCACCAAUUUUCCUCGCUCUGGCAAUUCCAAAAUUAAUUGCAGGAGAAGCCCCAAAUUUUCCCCCAGUUUUCACUGAAAGUUUCCUUGCUUUCCCGCCGAAAUUCUCAAUUAACAAUCUCUAGGAACUCCGAAUUGCUGAUUUCGCCUACCAGGUCAACUUAUGCGCAUCGCAAUUAAUUUCUGACAAUCAAUCCGGCCGUGAAUUGUCGGUUUUCUCAAUUAGCGCAGUGAACCAAGAAACCUCAAUUCGGCUACAAAAAAUCUCAACGUUCCCGCCAAAAUUACCGCCCCUGAAAGUCCAAAUCGCCGGUGUGGAUGAUCGGUCCAGUGAAAUUCCUCCGCCUUUUCCAAACCGAGUCUCUAGUCCCAAUCAAGAAUUUUUUCUUUUCUUCUAGCCGCAUCAAAAACAUUGACCGUGUUCGCAUUGGGUCUCUAAAACCAACCGCUCCCUCUGCACACAGUCCUCGAUAAGUUUUCUCGUCAAUUAUUACUCUCUGUGCUUGGUGAUAUCUCACAUCAAAUUUGAUCUAGUCCUCUUGUACUACUAUCUGUUUUUACUCGGUGUGCUUGGUGAUAUCUCACAUCAAAUUUGAUCUAGUCCUCUUGUACUACUAUCUGUUUUUACUCGGUGUCUGGGUCAGCUUAGCGCAGCUCGACUACUGAUUGGUUUAACAGUGCAAAUGGCGGAUUCGGACAACGAGUCGGGCGGCCACAACGCCGGCGGCGGCGACCUAUCGCAGCGGGAGCAGGACAGGUUCCUGCCGAUCGCGAACGUGAGCCGGAUAAUGAAGAAGGCGCUGCCGGCCAACGCGAAGAUAUCCAAGGACGCCAAGGAGACGGUCCAGGAGUGUGUGUCGGAGUUCAUAAGCUUUGUAACGGGGGAGGCCUCGGAUAAGUGCCAGCGUGAGAAGCGGAAGACGAUCAACGGUGACGAUUUAUUGUGGGCCAUGACGACGUUAGGGUUUGAGGAGUACGUGGAGCCGCUCAAGGUUUACUUGGGGAAGUAUAGGGAGAUGGAGGGGGAGAGGACGGCUGUUGGCGGUGGCGGUGGCGGUGGCGGUGGUGGGCGGCAGGGGGAAAGGGAUGGUGGUGGUGGGAGUGGAGGUGGAGGUGGGGGGUUUAAUGGGGGAAUGGUGUAUGGAGGGAUGCAGGGUGGAGGGAUGGUGAUGAUGGGGCAGCAGCAUCAGGGACAGGUGUACGGUUCGGGUUAUCCGAUGGGGAUAGGUGACGGCGGCGGUGGAAAGGGUAAUAACGUGGGUGGUGGAGGAUCCAAUAUGAGGCCAAGGUAGGUCCUAUGAUGUGUGGUUUAGUGUUUGUUUUUUGAUCGAGUGGGGGGUUAAGUUCACUCUAAGUUCAUGUGGGUAAAUAGGGUCUCAAAAAUGCUACGGAUAUAGACGGGAGUUCAUAGAUUGAACGAAGAUGUAUCUAAAACUGUUUGACAUGUGUACAUCUCACACCUAUCUUAGGGGGUCACAUGCAUCCGAUGGUUCUGAACGCAUCUUGUCUGAGUCUGUACACACUUGUGUUGAUGCUUGUAGCAUUUUCUGAUUGGUUUUCGUACCGUUUUAACAAUUAGGGUUGCAAAUCGGUUCAGGAAUUGGUUAACGUGACUGUGUUGGUGAUACAAUCAGUCUUGUAUCGGUCAAUUUGGCAUCCCAUUGACCGGUUUUAUGGGUAAACUUCGAUAGCAGAGAUUCGAAAACCCGAUACGAAUCUGCCGAUGACUGGAACUUUGUUGAAGACUUGUCACUGACAUUUGAAGUUCAGAUAAGUGUAGUCAAAUUGUUUAGGCUUAAUUUUUUUGUGAAUUGGAAGGGUUAUAUGUGUAAUUGUGGACAGAGGGUGAUAAUGCAUAGAGGAAAAUGUAAUUGUUGGGAUGGUGUUUUGUAGAUAAGACAUUUUUUGUAAUUGUGAAUGAAAGAUGAUGAAGAAGAUCGUGUAGGGUGGAGGCGAAGCCGUUGAAAACACUCAUAGACGGUUUGGAUGUGCCUUGCAAAGAGCACUACAGGACUUCCGAUUCCAAAGGAGAAAGGGGAGCCUUUUUCAUUGAUUUUCUUCUUUAUAGAUCUUUCUUGUUGUUAGCCUUCAUGUGAUUAUGUAAACUGGGAAAGAGUUGAACUGACAAGGUUUGGCACAUCUGUGUUGUAAAAAGUUGGUGUUUGUAUUAUUAUAGAUGUUCAUUUAGUGGCAAAGGAUAACCAUUUUUCA